AUGGCUUCCAAGAGGGCUAAUAAAAAAUUGAUUCCCAAAGAUUUUGUGACACUUUUCAAAGUUUGCAGAAGCAGCCCGCUGGAGUUGAAGGUUUCAAAGAAUCAAGAUCGAAAGCCAGCGUUUAGUACUCAAUCAUUGCCAAUGAUUCCCAAACCGAGUCUGGAGUUGCAACAUAUUUUGUUCGACUACAGCUUGUUAAAUGCUUUCCAGUUGUCACUGAAGUCUCGUCCAGACAAGGUAAAGAAAUCAAAGUUGAAGCCAAUUAAUUCAUUUAUUGCUUUCAGAUCUUUUUAUAGCAGAGCAAUUUCACACCCUGAAUACCAGAGGGAGUUAUCGUGCAAACUCGCCAUGCUAUGGAAAGAGGAAUCACAUAGAGAUAUAUGGGAACAGUAUACAUUAUUUUACAACAACUACUUACUUGACAGGAGAAACAAAUUAACAUUUGUCGAUUGGCUACUUCAAGCGUUGAAUUUGAAGGCAGAUAAUAGCAUGCAGUUUGAUAAGCCAUAUUCCGAGGAAAAAAAGUUGACCUCUGGUACAGUACAAGACUUAUAUUUAGUAAAAUGA